AUGGCUAUGUCACCACGUGUUGAUGAGACUAAGUAUGAGCUGAGAAAAAACCUGCCACCUCAACUUCAUAAAACAUCAAAUGAUGUUUACAUUACAAGGCGCACGAAUUUGGAAGCGCAGAGGACUCGUAUAAUUAAACUUUUGGAUGAGAAAGUUGAUCAUGUCGUACUUCAUGGUUUGGGAGCGUCCAUUAGUCGCACAAUUGAUGUUGCAUUACAAGUGCAGAAGAAAUUAGUCAAUACAGUAGAUUUGCAUGUUAAGACAGCUACUAUUCGAGUUACUGACAGUUUAUUUCCUGUCCUUGACGAAGUCGAUUUCAAAAUGCGAAAUCGCCUAAUUUCUGCUAUUUAUAUCUGUAUAACACGGCGAACAUCUUGA